CCCGGACGACAGCAUGGCUACUGCAACCCCGCUCAAAGUCGCAGUGCUGGGACCCGCAGGCCAAUGUGGCAGCUGCGUAGUGGACGAACUCUUGUCACGCGGUCACACAGUCGUCGGCAUCUCUCGCAAUCCUCCAGAGGACUGGAAAAGCAACAGUGGCUAUUCCUCUGUGCCAGUGGAUAUCCAGGAUACGAAGAAACUGUCCAAAGUAUUUUCCGCGGGCUUCGACGCUAUUGUUUCCGCAUACGCGCCGCCUCUGGCGGAUCUGUCCAAGGUCUAUGAGACGGGUGUGGAAGGUCAUGGAAAGAUCAAAAUGGCCCUUCUCGAAUCGUCCCAUGAAGGGCAGAUCAUUGUAAUUGGGGGAGCAGGGUCUCUGCAUACCAAAAACGGGCAGCAGCUUGUAG